AUGCCGAAUUCAUCAAAUUACAAAUCCUUUUCACUACAACAGUCUAAACAACAUUCCUCUAAUUUCCCUUGGUCCCAAAAGAAAUUGCAUACUUUUAAUCCUUUUCCAAGAUAUAAUCACUCUGCGAGUGAAUUUGAUCAUAAUGACUCAAUUAUAAUAUUUGGAGGAAUUGUAGGAGAAAAAACAACCAAUGAAGUUUAUGUGGUUGAAGCAACAUAUGGAGAUAUUCCUAAACCAAGAAGCUUACAUUCUCAAAUAAGUUUUGCAACACAUAUGAUAGUGUUUGGUGGAAUUGUUGACGAUCCAAAAGAAAACAACUUGGAUGAACAUAUUUAUAUAUUUGAUAUUGUUUCAAAACAUUGGCUUAAACAAAUUAUUUGUAACUUUAAUAUUGAUGGAGAAGUUUCCACUGUUAAUAGUAGCAGCAGCAAUGGUAGCAUUGGAAGGUUUGGUCAUACUGCAACAGUAGUUGAUACAACAUUAUAUGUUUUUGGUGGUAAAAAUAAAAACAAUGAAUACUUGAAUGAUUUUUUAACAUUUGAUUUGAAAGCAUUGAAGUUACUAACUAAAAAGAAAAGUCCUAACUUCACUCAAUCUUUUUGGGAUUCAUUAAUUCCUCCUAGAAAUGCACCAUCUCCUAGAAUGAAACAUGUUUCAUGUCCAUAUAAUGGGAAAAUUUACAUGUUCGGUGGAACUGAUGAAAUUAAAUGUUAUAAUGACAUCUGGUGUUAUGAUGUAAAGACAAAUCAAUGGGAUGAACUAGAAUGUUCAGGAUAUACUCCUCAAGCACGCGAAGGUCAUGGAGCGACUAUAAUGAACGAUGUGAUUUAUAUUUUUGGUGGAAGAUCAGAAGAAGGAGAGGUUUUGGGAGAUUUGGCUGCGUUCAGAAUAACAAAUAAAAGAUGGUACAAGUUCCCUAAACUGGGUCCAUCUCCAUGUCCUAGAUAUGGUAUAACUGUAUCAAAAGUUAAAAAUAAUAUUUUAGUUUUUGGUGGGGAUUCAAAAAAAGAUCCCAGACCAGAUAACGAAGGAAUAGUCCAUAUAUUAGAUACAAGUCAUCAACAAAAUCAAGAUCAACAAUUAUCACAAGAAAUCAUCUCUGGUUCUUCUAGUUCACCAUAUCCAAAAAAAACAAAACUUUCUCCUGUAUUAGAAGAAGCAAUAUUAUUGUCUAGUCAAGAAUCUAUUCUCAAAUUAUCAUCAACUAAUAAAGAUGUUAAAGAUGAGCAAAAAGAUGAACAAUAUGAUGACGAAGAUGAGCAAAUAGAUGAUGACGAUGAAGAAGACAAGGCUCAACAAGAGGCUCAACAACGACAGGCUCGAUUACAGCAAAUUCAACAAGAGGCUCAACAAGAGGUUCAACAGCAAGCUCGAUUACAACAAGCUCAACAAGAGGCUCAACGACAGGCUCAACUACAGCAAAUUCAACAAGAGGCUCAACGACAGGCUCAACUACAGCAAAUUCAAAAAGAGGCUCAACAAGAGGCUCAACGACAGGCUCAAUUACAGCAAAUUCAACAAGAGACUCAACGACAAGCUCAAUUACAACAACAAGCUCAACAACAGCAACAAGCUCAACAACAGCAACAGGCUCAACAACAGCAACAGGCUCAACAACAGCAACAAAGAUUUCAACGUCAACCACCUGUAAAAUCACAUGCAAGAAAAAACAGUUUUAAUUCAAAUUCUCAUCAACGAACAACAAAUAAUAAUUCUCCCGUAAACAUUCUUAACUCAACAAACCUUGAAAGAACAACAAAAUCAAACAUUGUAGAGAUAAAGGAACACGAUAAUUAUAAGCCACAUAAAACAUAUGUCGAAUAUUCGAAUACACCUGGUAAAGUGUCAUUUGAUGGCAAAAUACCAAACAACCAAUCGAAUCUCACAAAAAGUUUAAGAGGAAAUAUUAGAAAUGCGGUGAUAAUUGAAAAUAAUGAUUUUAAUAUUAUUGAUAAUGGCAGUGAUAAUAGUAUUGGUAAUGGCAUUGAUAACAAUGAAAAUGAAGAAGAUCAAAAUCCGGUAUUAAACAAUGAUGAUAAUAUAACUCGAACAUUGCCAUUACAAGAUUCUCAAUUAUAUCAACAACACAAUCAUCAGGUGGAAAAAAAUGACAGCAGUGUUGAGGGCAGUGGCACGUUGUCGAAAAAAAGUAGUUUUGAAAAGUUACGAGAAGGUUCCCCCGUCAACAACAACAAUAUUCAGCAACGACCACGUGGUGCUCGUCCAUUAGAUAAAAAAACAACUUUUAUACCCAUUCGUAUGAAUAAUAACAACGUUAAUAAUGUUGAUGUUGGAAUUAUAGUUGGAAGUAAAACUGAACAAGUCCUUAUACCUGAAAGUCCGAUAAUUCCAAUACAUAAUCACCAUAUUCAACAACAACAGCAAACAAUUUUAUCGUCGUCUAUCCAAAAUGAUGAUAAUUAUCUACUGAAAUCAACAACAACUACUGCCAUUUCUUCUGCCAUUGCCAUUGCUGCUGUUCCUAUUACCAAUAUUAAUAAUAAUAUGAUAACAUCUUCACUAAGUGCAAAUACUGAGCCUAUUCCACCACGUUCAAAGUUACGAAGAAGUAGUACAUCAUCAUUUAAUCAAUCACCAAGAUCACCUUCUAUAUCAUCAUCACCUAUUACGUCACCAUCACCUUUACAUCAAAAUAAAAAUGACGAAUUUUUCCGUGAAUUAGAAAAACAAAAGCAAAGCAUAAUUGAUGCAAAAAAAAGAGAAAAUCUUAUGAAGUCGACUAAAGAAUUAGAAUUUAAUUCGUGUGGUAAUGGUAGCGGAGAAAAAAAGAUAGUUAAUGUUGUUGAUGAUGGUGAUAGUGAUUAUUUACAAAAUGUUGAAGAAAUAAUGAAUAAUCUUGAAGUUGGAUCAGAUAAAUAUAAAAUAGUCGAUGUUAUUGUAAAGAUGAAACAACAAUUAAAAUACUACAAGACGAAUAUAAAACUUCAGUCUCAAUUAGCAUCACAAAAAAUUUCAGAAAGUGAAAAGUCUCGUAUAGAUGCAUUAGACGAAGUAGCGUAUUAUAAAGCAAAACUACAAAAAUAUGAAAACACAUCUGCUUCAACUGCUCUUUCCAUUGUAUCAUCAGCACAUAAAAACAAAGAUACAAAUGUUCAUGUUCAUGAUCGUGAUCAACAUAAUGAACAGCAACAACAAAAUUUAAGAACAAUUAAAUUACAAAAUUUACAAAUAAAUCAAUUAAAACAAGUGUUGAAAGAACAACAAAUGAUAUUUGAUAAAGUACAAAAAACAUUGGUAAUAGCUAAUAAAAGAGCUGAUGAUACAGAGCAACGAUUGAAGGAUUCGAGCCAAGAAGUGGCGACGUUAGAGAAAGAAAUGUCGAGUUUGAAACUUGAAUUAACUAAUAAGUCAAGAUUAUUAGAUAAAUCAUUAAAGAAAUCAGAUGAAUUGGAAAGAUUGCUGAUUAAGGCACAAAGUGAAGACAACAACGAUGAAAACGAUGAAUAUGAUGAUUAUUUUGAAUAUGAUAAUAAUAAUAUUAUUAUUGAAAAUAAUAUUUAUGAUAACGUUGAUGAUAAUGGUGAUGACAGUGUUGUUGAUGAUAAUAAUGAUG